GGUCCGCUCCUCGGCGCCACGAAGUGACUUGUCCGCACGUCGUUGUACAACUUCUGCAUCCACUAUGAGGGAAAUCGUUCACAUCCAGGCGGGCCAGUGCGGGAACCAGAUUGGUGCCAAGUUCUGGGAAGUCAUCAGCGAUGAGCAUGGCAUCGAUACCACGGGGACUUACCACGGAGACAGUGACCUGCAGCUGGACAGGAUCAGUGUCUACUACAAUGAAGCCACUGGAGGCAAAUAUGUGCCUCGAGCCAUACUGGUGGAUUUGGAGCCUGGCACCAUGGACUCUGUGAGGUCUGGACCCUUUGGGCAGAUCUUCAGACCUGACAAUUUUGUGUUUGGUCAGAGCGGUGCUGGAAACAACUGGGCCAAGGGUCACUACACAGAGGGAGCUGAGUUGGUGGACUCAGUCCUAGAUGUGGUCCGCAAAGAGUCAGAGAGCUGUGACUGCCUGCAGGGUUUCCAGCUCACCCACUCUCUUGGUGGAGGAACUGGGUCCGGCAUGGGAACCCUGCUCAUUAGCAAGAUCCGCGAGGAGUACCCCGACCGUAUCAUGAACACCUUCAGUGUGGUGCCCUCCCCCAAGGUGUCGGACACAGUGGUUGAGCCCUACAAUGCCACCCUCUCCGUGCACCAGCUUGUAGAGAACACAGAUGAAACCUACUGCAUUGACAAUGAGGCCCUGUACGACAUCUGCUUCCGCACUCUGAAACUGACCACACCCACCUACGGAGACCUUAACCACCUGGUGUCUGCCACCAUGAGUGGGGUCACCACCUGCCUGCGCUUUCCCGGUCAGCUCAAUGCCGAUCUUCGCAAACUGGCGGUCAACAUGGUGCCUUUCCCCCGUUUGCACUUCUUCAUGCCUGGCUUCGCCCCCCUCACCAGCAGAGGCAGCCAGCAGUACAGAGCCCUCACAGUUCCCGAGCUCACCCAGCAGGUGUUCGAUGCCAAGAACAUGAUGGCUGCAUGCGACCCGCGUCACGGCCGCUAUCUGACCGUUGCCGCCGUGUUCCGUGGGCGCAUGUCCAUGAAGGAAGUCGACGAGCAGAUGCUGAACGUCCAGAACAAGAACAGCAGUUACUUCGUCGAAUGGAUCCCCAACAACGUGAAGACCGCCGUGUGUGACAUUCCACCCCGUGGCCUCAAGAUGGCCGUCACUUUCAUUGGCAACAGCACAGCCAUCCAGGAGCUGUUCAAGCGUAUUUCAGAGCAGUUCACAGCCAUGUUCCGCCGUAAGGCCUUCUUGCAUUGGUACACAGGUGAAGGUAUGGAUGAGAUGGAGUUCACUGAAGCUGAGAGCAACAUGAAUGAUCUGGUGUCUGAGUAUCAGCAGUACCAGGAUGCCACUGCUGAGGAAGAGGGUGAAUUUGAGGAAGAGGCUGAUGAUGACGCUUGAAGAUAAAAAUGGGAAAGUCGAGACAUCAAUGCCAAAAUGAAAAACAUAUUUUAUAAAAACAACCACUUAGUAACCCAGGAACCAACAUAGUGUCUGAAACAUUUCUAGAAUUAAACUUUAGCAUAGAUAUCCAUUGUGAUUCACUGCAAAUAAAGUUGUCAAAUGAAAAUGUGACUUUCAUUAAUGCAUUCAAUUUUUCUUAUUUGUCUGAUAAUACAUCAACUACAACUCAGUCACCAUAUCUCAAUCACAUUUCAAAACAGUGCAAAGGAUUGCAUAUUGAGGGCGAUUUCCAGAGAUGCAUGAAUGUUAAUUCUGUUGAGGUCAGCAGUUUCUGCAGUAGUUGAUGGGCUGCAGAUAUAAAAAGAAAUGCUGCAACAUGUAAUUGUGUCAUGCAUGGAUAAGAAGGUUUACAUGUAAUGUCUGUUACAUGAGCAUUUAAUCAUAAAACUGUUUGCAAUAUG